UCUUUUUGAGCGUGUAGACUUUGCAGAAACAAGUACCGAGUCAACCCAAUGAACAUUUUUUAAUGACAAAAAAAUAAAAUGCAACGUCGACAAUCGGUUGGCAAUGAGAGCAACAUUCAGUGACUGGGUUUCAUUCAUAUGAAGGUUUCAAGGCCUGCUGUCGGUCACCUUGUUGAGUAAUGGAUUCAAGAUUAAUUCCGGUCUCUCUUCUAAUUGUUUUCAUCCAAAUUUCAGCUACAUGGGCAAGGACAAACACUGAUGAUGCCACGGCUCUAGUAGCUCUCAAGGACUUAUGGGAGAACUACCCACCCAGUUGGGUUGGCUUCGAUCCCUGUGGCAGCAGUUGGGAAGGAAUUGGGUGCUACAAUCAACGUGUGAUCUCCAUAAUAUUAACUAGCAUGGGUUUGAAGGGCGGACUGUCAGGAGACCUCGACCAGUUAUCUGAAUUGCAGAUUCUGGAUCUAUCAUACAACAAGAAUCUAACGGGAAACAUUCCAGCAUCAAUCGGGAGUUUGAAGAAGCUAACAAACUUAAUCCUUGUUGGUUGCAGUUUCUCUGGUCCAAUUCCAGAUACGAUAGGAUCUCUAACAGAGCUGGUCUUUUUAUCUCUGAAUUCUAAUAGCUUCAGUGGAGGCAUACCACCUUCCAUUGGUAAUCUAUCUAAACUCUAUUGGCUGGAUCUAGCUGACAACCAGCUCACUGGAACCAUUCCAAUCUCUAAUGGGAGUACACCUGGUCUGGAUAAGCUCACCCACACCAAGCAUUUCCACUUUGGAAAGAACCGGCUCUCUGGCUCAAUCCCCCCUAAACUUUUCAGCUCAAACAUGAUUCUGAUACACUUGCUUCUUGAGAGCAACCGGCUAACUGGCAGCAUCCCUUCCACACUAGGACUCGUGAAGACGUUGGAGGUGGUACGCCUUGAUGGAAAUUCAUUAAGUGGGCCUGUUCCUGCAAACCUCAGCAAUCUCACAGAAGUCAAGGAGCUGUUUUUGUCUAACAAUAAGUUGACUGGCACUGUGCCUGAUCUUACCGGCAUGAACAGCCUCAACUACAUGGACAUGAGCAACAACAGUUUUGACGUGUCGGACGUUCCUUCAUGGUUGUCAACUUUGCAGUCUUUGACAACAUUAACAAUGGAGAACACAAACCUUAAAGGAGCUAUCCCCGCCUCCCUCUUCAGCCUUCCCCAAUUACAGACUGUGUCUCUAAGGAACAACAUAAUCAAUGGCACCUUAGAUUUUGGUGCUGGCUAUAGCAGCCAACUACAACUCGUUGAUUUGCAGAAAAAUUACAUUGUUGCUUUUACAGAAAGAGCAGGACAUGAUGUUGAGAUAAUACUUGUAGAAAACCCAAUUUGUCUUGAAGGACCAAAGAAUGAAAAAUACUGCAUGACUUCCCAACCCGACUUCUCGUAUUCAACACCACCAAACAACUGUGUGCCCUCUGUCUGUAGGUCAGAUCAAAUUCCCAGCCCCAACUGUAUAUGUGCUUAUCCAUACAUGGGAACCCUUGUCUUCAGAGCUCCUUCCUUUUCAAACUUGGGAAACUCAAGCUACUACAUAUCUCUUGAGCAGCGUCUGAUGCAAUCUUUUCAGUCCCAGCAACUUCCUGUAGACUCAGUUUUCUUGGCAUAUCUAAUGAAGGACUCAAAUAAUUACCUUCAGGUAAGCCUGAAAGUCUUUCCACAUGGCCAAGAUCGUUUCAAUAGAACAGGGAUUUCUAUGGUUGGGUUUGCGCUCAGCAACCAGACUUUCAAGCCCCCAUCCACUUUUGGGCCAUUCUACUUCAAUGGUGAGCAGUAUCAAUACUUUGAAGAGGUAUCUCUAUCUCCGGAACCAAAUAAGUCAUCAAAUACAGGCAUUAUCAUUGGAGCAGCAGUUGGUGGUUCCUUGCUUGUGCUAUUAUUACUCUUUGCGGGGGUUUAUGCUUUUCGUCAAAAGAGGAGGGCAGAAAGGGCUACUGAACAGAGCAACCCCUUUGCAAACUGGGAUCAGAGUAAAGGCAGUGGUGGUAUACCUCAGUUAAAAGGGGCAAGACGGUUCACAUUUGAAGAGAUCAAGAAAUGCACCAACAAUUUUUCUGACGUCAAUGAUGUUGGAUCUGGAGGUUAUGGGAAGGUUUAUAGAGCAACCCUUCCCACUGGGCAAAUGGUUGCCAUCAAACGAGCUAAACAGGAAUCAAUGCAGGGUGGUCUGGAGUUCAAAACAGAAAUUGAGCUUCUAUCAAGAGUUCAUCAUAAGAAUGUUGUCAGCCUUAUCGGUUUCUGCUUUCAGCUGGGUGAACAGAUACUGAUAUAUGAGUAUGUCCCCAAUGGUAGUCUCAAGGAAUCUCUUUCAGGGAGGUCAGGAAUCAGGUUGGACUGGAGGAGAAGACUCAAGGUAGCACUUGGUUCAGCCAGAGGCCUGGCAUAUUUGCAUGAGCUUGCAGAUCCUCCCAUCAUCCAUAGGGACAUUAAAUCAAACAACAUUCUAUUGGACGAACACUUAAAUGCUAAAGUUGGCGAUUUUGGUCUCUGCAAGCUUUUGGCUGACAGUGAGAAGGGUCAUGUUACCACUCAAGUCAAAGGGACAAUGGGCUAUUUGGAUCCUGAAUAUUACAUGUCCCAACAGUUGACUGAAAAGAGUGAUGUUUACAGCUUUGGAGUGCUAAUGUUGGAGCUAAUAUCAGCAAGAAAGCCGAUAGAGCGAGGGAAAUACAUCGUAAAAGAGGUGAAGAUAGCGAUGGAUAAGACAAAAGAUCUAUACAACCUUCAGGACCUUCUUGACCCAACCCUGGGCACAACACUUGGAGGUUUCAACAAGUUUGUGGAUCUAGCACUGAGAUGUGUUGAAGAAUCAGGAGCUGAUAGGCCUACAAUGGGUGAGGUGGUGAAAGAGAUUGAAAACAUCAUGCAGCUGGCUGGUCUGAAUACCAAUCCUGAAUCAUCCUCUGCUUCAGCAAGCUAUGAGGAGUCAAGUACGGGUACUUCCAGCCAUCCCUAUGGCAAUAAUUCCGCUUUUGAUAAUAGUGUGGGCUAUUCCCCUUCCACAGUACAGCCCAAGUGAGCACAGGUGUCAUUUUAUGUUUCUUGCCUGCCUGAAUUUGUGUGGAACUUGUAAUGUUUGUCGAGCCUUCUUGAUGUUUGCAUCAUAUGGUGAGAACAACACUGACUACAUGGAUUGUAUAUAUGAUGGAAGGCGUGCAAUUCCAGUAUGAUACCCUGUGAGUAAAUGAAAAGGAAGAGCCUCAAAGAUAUGAAGGAAAUUCAUCGUAUUGUUGCAGAAAUCCUUGGUUAAGCUUGUGGUUUGCAUGCCCUCUGCAGAGAGUACGCAGUUGCUUUUCAUGCCAAGGAAGUAAUUCUAGGAGACCUAUUUUCCAUGUGAAGAGCUGGCUGAAUUUUCCUGUUUUGAGGUAAAAUUUCUGUUUUGAUAUAUCGAUGCGAUAUGAAUAUAUCUCACCAAGUCAUUGGUAUGUUAUCAUUUUGUGUUAA